CCCGCUCCGCCCCACUCCCCUCUGACCCGGUGUCUCGUCUCUCUGUCUUCCUGUUCCAAACCACGUGGACGCGCCGGGGGCUGCGGGGGCUGCGGGAGGGAACCUGGGCCGCCACAGCAGCUGUCGGCGCCACCCCGAGAGUCAAGACCCUCGCGCCCGUCCAAAGUCGCCUCGCCCCGGCCGCCCGCUCCUUUGCGGAGAGCGUGCACAUGGCGACCCAGGCGCACUCCCUCAGCUACACGGGCUGCAACUUCUUGCGCCAGCGUCUGGUCCUUUCCACUUUGAGCGGGCGCCCCGUCAAAAUCCGAAAGAUUCGGGCCAGAGACGACAACCCAGGCCUUCGAGAUUUUGAAGCUAGCUUCAUAAGGCUAUUGGACAAAAUAACUAAUGGUUCUCGAAUUGAAAUAAAUCAAACAGGAACAACCUUAUAUUAUCAGCCUGGCCUCCUGUAUGGCGGGUCCGUGGAACAUGACUGCAGCAUCCUUCGAAGCAUUGGCUAUUAUCUGGAAGGUCUUCUUUGUCUGGCUCCAUUUAUGAAGCACCCGCUUAGAAUAGUUCUGCGAGGAGUGACCAAUGACCAGGUUGACCCUUCGGUUGAUGUUCUUAAGGCAACAGCCCUUCCUCUGUUGAAACAAUUUGGAAUUGAUGGUGAAUCAUUUGAGCUAAAGAUUGUGCGACGGGGAAUGCCUCCUGGAGGAGGAGGUGAAGUGUUGUUCUCAUGUCCUGUGAGGAAGGUGCUGAGACCCAUUCAGCUCACAGAUCCAGGAAAGAUCAAACGUAUCAGAGGAAUGGCGUACUCAGUUCGCGUCUCACCUCAGAUGGCAAACCGGAUUGUGGAUUCUGCCAGGAGCAUCCUCAACAAGUUUAUACCUGAUAUCUAUAUUUACACAGACCACAUGAAAGGAGUCAACUCUGGAAAGUCUCCGGGCUUUGGGCUGUCCCUGGUUGCUGAGACCACCAACGCCACCUUCCUCAGUGCUGAACUGGCCUCCAACCCCCAGGGCCAGGGAGCAGCGGUGCUUCCUGAGGAUCUGGGCAGGAACUGUGCCAGGCUGCUGCUCGAAGAAAUCUAUAGGGGUGGAUGUGUGGACUCAACCAACCAAAGUCUGGCUCUGUUGCUCAUGACCCUUGGACAGCAGGAUGUUUCCAAAGUCCUGCUUGGACCACUCUCUCCCUACACGAUAGAAUUUUUGCGGCAUUUGAAGAGCUUUUUCCAGAUUAUGUUUAAAAUUGAAACCAAGCCGUGUGGUGAAGAACUCAAGGGAGGGGAUAAAGUGCUGAUGACCUGUGUUGGCAUUGGCUUCUCCAACCUCAGCAAGACCCUCAAGUGACACUGUCUUAAGAUGAAAGCCCCAAGACUUCUGGACAGGACAGAACCUGCCAAGGAACCAAAGGGACCAGAUUCAUCCAGGACAGGAUGGCCUCAUACAUUAAGGACUUUCUUAAUUUUCUAUUUAAAAACAAUCAGGAUAUCCAAAUAAAAGACAUCUCACUCUCUUGUGGUUUCCAGCAUUUCUCGAAGCAGGCAUUCCUCAGGAGGCCCAGUCAUGAUGGGAGCUCCCUUGCCUUACCUGGCUGAAGAGUGUGCCUUCAGGACACAGUCAUGCUGCUGGAACAGCAUCGCAACUGCAUUUCAGCAGUGCUUCCUCAGCCCACAUCCCUGGGCUUCUGCCGUACGGCAGUUUUCCAGACUGUGGAGUUUGUUAUUAUUGCUUCUACAAGGACUGACCUCUCUGAACCUUGAUUUCUGUGUAGGGAAUAAAUGAGAUAAUAUGGGUGGAAGCACUUUAUGAGGAGUGCAUUGUUAUGCAAAUGUUGGGAAUUGGUGUUUUAGAGUCUUUUCUCCCUUGUCUUCUGAAUGGACUGCUAUCUUGGAGACAGAUAUGUCUCCCAAUUGUGUUCAUUUUAUGUGAAUUUUGUGGGGAUGUGUGCCUCGGGAGAGCAAGGGUCCAAUUAAAGAUAAUGGAUAUUUUCUAUA